AUGCCUACCGGCAACUCUAUAUCUAUAAUUCUUCUUGUUAUCCAAUUGAUUCUUGCUGUUGGAACUCAUUUAUACGGAUUUCUGGGUGUCCCUCUCGCCGGAUACGUUCCAAUGUGUACUUAUCCACCAAAAUUGAAUUCCAAUUUUGACUUGAUCAAUGAGUUCAGAACUUUUGUUAUGGUUUUAUGCAUUGGGAUCACCCUCGUAAUUUUGUAUUUCAGUGUUAAAACAGAGAGACUAAUACACCAAAGAAGUUAUGACACCAGAACGAGAUACACGGCUUUUGAGAACAUGAACACUUCGAAAUCAGUGUGCACAUUGAUCGUGAUCCAGUUUUCGAGUAUUUUGAUUUCAUCGUUUGGGGUUACUAUCAUUCGGAAAUUCGAGCCUGUAAUUCCUCAAGAAAUUUUUCAUACGAUUAUUCCUUUUUUGCCGGGUGUGACCUACGCAAAUCUCUGUCUUCCAGUCGUAAUCUACUACAGAACCAUUCAAGCGAUUCGUCGGAGAAAAACUCGAAUUGUGACAAUAACUUCAGCGUCGGCAGAUGUGGAAUCUCAUAUCAAAUGGUUAAAUGAAACAUGGAGAAUGUAA